AUGAACGCCGCACGCCAAGCAAGCAAGAUGUCCACCAUCAACAUCAAAGUCAUAUCAGACCCCGUCUGCCCCUUUUGCUAUCUCGGCAAAGCCCGUCUGAACAGGGCGAUAGACCUCUACAAAAAGACGUACCCCGGCGGCAAGGACGACACCUUCAACGUAACCUGGCAAGCCUACUACCUCGACCCGACGGCGCCCCGCAAGGGCGUUCCCGUCAACGAGCGCAUGGCGGCGCGCUUCGGCGCCGACAGGCUGGAGAUGAUGCACGCGCGCAUGAAGAAGCUGGGCGCGGCCGAAGGCUUCAAUUUUACGUUCGGGGGCAAGAUCGGGCACACGCGGGACGCGCACCGGACGAUCCAGCUGGCGAAAACCAAGGGUCCCGAGGUGGAGAACGCGGUGGUGGACUCGAUUAUGAAGAGUUACUUUGAGGAGGACGGGGACGUGACGAGCUGGGAUAUGAUUGUGGACGCGGCGGUGCGGGGUGGGCUUGAGAGGGGGGAGGUGAGGCGGUGGCUGGAGGAGGGUAAGGGAGGGGAGGAGGUUGAUCGGCAGGUGGAGGAGGCGUAUCGGAUGGGGGUGAGGGGGGUGCCGCAUUUUGUGAUUGAGGAUAAGUAUGAGGUUGGGGGCGCGCAGGAGGUGGGUGAGUUUUUGGGACAGAUUGUUGCGGCGAGGGAGAGGGGUGGGAGGGCAGCGGGGGCACGGGACGGGCUUUCGUGUUGA